AUGAAUCAUAGUCUAAACAGUGACAAUAGUAAAUUAGCAAAUAUAGGCAAUAGCAAUUUUAUAAAUAACAAUAGUUCAAACGAUAGUUUAAUAAACUUUGAUCUAUUUGAUUCAAAGUUUUUAAAACUAUUACCUUUUAAUAAAAAUUCAAAAAUAACAAUUCACCAUUGCAAGCAUUAUUUAAACAAUGUAAAGAUUAGAUUUAUAGAUGACCCGAUUUCAUACAAAACUUUUGAAAUUAUUUUAAAAGAGUAUUUUUCAAAUCCCCAAAAUAUUCAUUAUCAAGAUGUAUACAAUGAGGUUGCAUUAUUAUUUAAUGAUAACCAUCAGGAUUUAUUAAAUCAAUUGGCUUAUUUUUUACCAUUUGAACAAGAUUAA